AUGGCUUCGUUUCCCGAGUCCGACUUCCAGAUCUGCCCGCUGUGCAAGGAGAUGUGCGGCUCGCCGGCUCCCCUCUCGUCCAACUCCUCCACCUCCUCGUCCUCCUCGCAGACCUCCAGUUCCUCCGGGGGCGGCGGCGGCUCCUCCUGCGGGGGCCCGCCGCGGCGGCUCCACGUCCUGCCCUGCCUGCACGCCUUCUGCCGCCAGUGCCUGGAGGCGCAGCGGCACCCCGGCGCGGGGGACGCGCUCAAGCUGCGCUGCCCCAUCUGCGACCAGAAGGUGGUGAUCUCGGAGCCCUCGGGCAUGGACGCGCUGCCCUCCUCCAACUUCCUCCUCAGCAACCUGCUGGACGUCGUCGUCGUGGCGGCCGCCGCCGACGAGCAGAAGAACGGCCGCGCCGCCGGGACCGGCCCCGCCGCGGGCUCGGGCGGCGGCGGCGGCAACAACCGGCACCACGGCCGCCCGCCGCCGGGGCCGCCCCGCGCCGCCGGCUCCUCGCCCGCCGCCGCCGCCUCGGCCGCGUCCUCCUCGACGUCGUCGUCGUCCUCCUCCUCGGGCGGCGGCGGCUCGGCGGCGCUCCUGCUGCGGCGGCCCCACAGCCGGCAGGGCGAGCCCCGCUGCAGCUCCUGCGACGAGGGCAACGCCGCCAGCUCCCGCUGCCUCGACUGCCAGGAGCACCUGUGCGACAACUGCGUGCGGGCGCACCAGCGCGUCCGCCUCACCAAGGACCACUUCAUCGAGCGCUUCGCCGCCGGCCCCGCCGCCGCCGGCCCCGCCGCGCCGCUCGCCCUCAGCCCGCCCUACCCCGCCUCGCCGUACAACAUCCUCUCUGUCUUCCCCGACCGGGCCAGCUACUGCCAGCACCACGACGACGAGGUACUGCAUUUCUACUGUGAUACCUGUUCUGUCCCCAUAUGUCGGGAAUGUACCAUGGGACGACAUGUGGGUCACAGCUUUAUCUACCUCCAAGACGCCCUACAGGACUCCAGGACUCUCACCAUUCAGCUCCUGGCAGAUGCUCAGCAAGGACGACAGGCUAUUCAACUGAGUAUUGAGCAGGCCCAGGCUGUGGCAGAGCAAGUCGAGAUGAAAGCGAAGGUGGUGCAGUCUGAAGUCAAGGUAGUGACCACUAGACACAAGAAGGCCUUGGAGGAGCGGGAGUGUGAGCUGCUCUGGAAGGUGGAAAAGAUUCGCCAAGUCAAGGCCAAGUCCCUCUACCUGCAAGUUGAAAAGUUACGUCAGAACCUGAACAAGCUGGAUAACACCAUUAGUGCUGUUCAGCAGGUCCUGGAGGAGGGUCGCACCAUGGACAUUCUCCUGGCUCGGGACCGCAUGCUGGCUCAGGUGCAGGAGCUGAAGAACGUCAGAGGCCUCCUCCAGCCACAGGAGGACGACAGGAUCAUGUUCACCCCCCCUGACCAGGCAUUGUAUAUGGCCAUCAAAUCCAUGGGCUUUGUCAGCAGCGGGGCCUUCGCUCCCCUGACCAAAGCCACGGGGGAAGGUCUCAAGCGCGCUCUGCAGGGCAAGGUGGCCUCAUUCACCGUGAUCGGCUACGACCACGACGGGGAGCCUCGCCUCUCGGGGGGCGACAUGAUCUCUGCCGUGGUCAUGGGCCCCGAUGGAAACCUGUUCGGGGCCGACGUCAGCGAUCAGCAGAACGGGACCUACCUGGUCAGCUACCGUCCCCAGCUGGAGGGAGAGCACCUGGUGUCCGUGAUGAUGUGCAACCAGCACAUCGAGAACAGCCCCUUCAAAGUGAUGGUGAAGUCCGGGCGCAGCUACAUCGGCAUCGGGCUGCCGGGGCUGUCCUUCGGCAGCGAGGGAGACAGCGACGGCAAGCUCUGCCGCCCCUGGGGGGUCAGCGUGGACAAGGAGGGCUUCAUCAUCGUCGCCGACCGCAGCAACAACCGCAUCCAGGUGUUCAAGCCGUGCGGGACCUUCCAUCACAAGUUUGGCACGCUGGGCUCCCGGCCGGGCCAGUUCGAUCGCCCCGCCGGCGUGGCCUGCGACGUUUCGCGCAGGAUCGUCGUGGCCGACAAGGACAAUCAUCGCAUCCAGAUCUUCACGUUCGAGGGGCAGUUCAUUCUGAAGUUCGGGGAGAAAGGAACGAAGAACGGGCAGUUCAAUUACCCGUGGGAUGUGGCCGUCAACGCGGAGGGCAAGAUCCUGGUCUCUGACACGAGGAACCACCGCGUGCAGCUGUUCGGGCCCGACGGCGUGUUCCUCAACAAGUACGGCUUCGAAGGGGUACUCUGGAAGCACUUUGAUUCCCCCAGAGGCGUGACGUUCAAUCACGAGGGCCACUUGGUAGUGACGGACUUCAACAACCAUCGUCUCUUGGUCAUCCACCCGGACUGCCAGUCGGCGCGCUUCCUGGGCUCCGAGGGCACCGGCAACGGGCAGUUCCUGCGCCCGCAGGGCGUGGCGGUGGAUCAGGAAGGGCGCAUCAUCGUGGCCGACUCCAGGAACCACCGGGUGCAGAUAUUCGAGUCCAAUGGUAGCUUUUUAUGCAAGUUUGGCACUCAGGGAAGCGGCUUUGGUCAGAUGGACCGUCCUUCAGGUAUAGCUGUCACCCCUGAUGGCAUGAUUGUGGUGGUCGACUUUGGAAACAAUCGAAUUCUCGUCUUCUAA